GGGAAGGAAGGAGGUGACGGCAGGGCCGCAGCCAGGGGCCCAGGCGCUGGCAGGCCUCUAGGGCCGAGGGGUGCUGUGGCCGCUGGAGGACGCCACUCUUGGGGGCUCCAGGAAGAUUAAGGAACUUCAAGGACGGAAGCUCCCUGCCGUGCUGAUGCCUGGAGUCCGCAUGGCCUCGCUGAGCCAAGCCCUGCGUGUAGUGGCCACACACGCUCGCCGGAGCCCAGCCCAGGGCCUGGGGCCACGCCCCCUGACCAGCGGGGCUGGCCCCACGGCUGAGAAGAGCGUGCCAUACCAGCGGACCCUGAAAGAGGCACAGGGCCCCUCGGCGGAGGCCCAAGGCCCCACCCGGCCUCUGCCCAGCACAGCCAACGUGGUGGUCAUUGGUGGGGGCAGCUUGGGCUGCCAGACCCUGUACCACCUGGCCAAGCUGGGUGUGAGCGGGGCGGUGCUGCUGGAGCGGGCCCGACUGACCUCCGGGACCACCUGGCACACGGCAGGCCUGCUGUGGCAGCUGCGGCCCAGCGACGUGGAGCUGGAGCUUCUGGCCCACACGAGGCGCGUGGUGAGCCGUGACCUGGAGGAGGAGACCGGGCUGCACACGGGCUGGAUCCAGAAUGGGGGCCUGUUCAUCGCGUCCAACCGGCAGCGUCUGGACGAGUACAAGAGGCUCAUGUCGUUAGGCAAGGCCUACGGCGUGGAGUCCCAUGUGCUGAGCCCGGCGGAGACCAAGGCACUGUACCCACUGAUGAAUGUGGACGACCUCUAUGGGACCCUGUACGUGCCACAGGAUGGGACCAUGGACCCCGCCGGCACCUGCACCACCCUCACCAGGGCCGCCACUGCCCGGGGAGCACAGGUCAUCGAAAACUGCCCGGUGACCGGCAUCCGUGUGCGGACGGACGACUUUGGGGUGCGGCGGGUGGCAGCUGUGGAGACGGAGCACGGCUCCAUCCAGACGCCCUGUGUGGUCAACUGUGCAGGAGUAUGGGCGGACGCUGUGGGCCGGAUGGCAGGAGUCAAGGUCCCGCUGGUGGCCAUGCACCAUGCCUACGUCGUCACCGAGCGCAUCGAGGGGAUCCAGAACAUGCCCAACGUCCGCGACCACGACGCCUCGGUCUACCUCCGCCUCCAAGGAGAUGCCUUGUCUGUGGGCGGCUAUGAGGCCAACCCCAUCUUCUGGGAGGAGGUGUCGGACAAGUUUGCCUUCGGCCUCUUCGACCUCGACUGGGACGUGUUCAGCCAGCACAUUGAAGGGGCCGUCAACCGGGUCCCUGUGCUGGAGAAGACGGGGGUCAAGUCCACAGUCUGUGGCCCGGAGUCAUUCACACCAGACCACAAGCCCCUGAUGGGGGAGGCGCCCGAACUCCGAGGAUUCUUCCUGGGCUGUGGCUUCAACAGUGCAGGAAUGAUGCUGGGCGGCGGCUGUGGGCAGGAGCUGGCCCAAUGGAUCGUCCACGGGCGCCCGGAGAAGGACAUGUAUGGCUACGACAUCAGGCGCUUCCACCACUCGCUCACGGCCCACCGCCGCUGGAUUCGCGAGCGCAGCCACGAGUCCUACGCCAAGAAUUACUCCGUGGUCUUCCCCCACGACGAGCCUCUGGCGGGGCGCAACAUGAGGAGAGACCCCCUGCACGAGGAGCUCCUUGCUCAAGGCUGCGUGUUCCAGGAGCGGCAUGGCUGGGAGCGACCGGGAUGGUUUAACCCCCGAGGUGCAGCUCCGGUCCUCCAUUACGACUACUACGGGGCUUAUGGGAACACGGCGCAUGAGGACGACGCCUACAGCAGGCUGCUGGGCGAUGAGUACACCUUCGACUUCCCGCCCCACCAUGAUGUGAUCAAGAAGGAGUGUCUGGCCUGCAGAGGGGCCGCUGCUGUGUUCAACAUGUCCUACUUCGGGAAGUUCUACCUGGUGGGCUUGGACGCAAGGAAGGCUGCCGACUGGCUCUUCUCCGCUGAUGUCAGCCGACCCCCAGGCUCGACAGUGUACACUUGCAUGCUGAACCACCGUGGGGGCACUGAAAGCGACCUGACCGUCAGCCGCCUGGCCCCCGGCGCCCAGGCCUCCCCUCUGGCCCCCGCCUUUGAAGGGGACGGCUACUACCUGGCCGUGGGCGGGGCUGUGGCCCAGCACAACUGGUCACACAUCACCACGGUGCUGCAGGACCAGAAGUUCCGGUGCCGGCUCCUCGACAGCUCCGAGGACCUGGGCAUGAUUAGCAUCCAGGGCCCAGCCAGCCGGGCCAUUCUCCAGGAGGUGCUCGACGCAGACCUGAGCAACGAGGCCUUCCCUUUCUCCACCCACAAGCUGGUGAGAGCCGCCGGGCACCUGGUCCGGGCCAUGAGGCUGUCCUUCGUGGGGGAGCUGGGCUGGGAGCUGCACAUCCCAGGGCCGUCCUGCAUGCCCGUGUACCAGGCCGUGAUGGCAGCGGGGACCAAGCAUGGCCUUGUCAACGCGGGGUACCGGGCCAUCGACUCUCUGAGCAUCGAGAAAGGCUACCGGCACUGGCACUCUGACCUGCGGCCGGAUGACAGCCCCCUGGAGGCGGGCUUGGCCUUCACCUGCAAGCUCAAGUCCGCCGUCCCCUUCCUGGGCCGUGAGGCCCUGGAGAAGCAGCGGGCCGAGGGCCUCCGCCGGCGCCUGGUCUGCUUCACCGUGGACGAAAAAGUGCCCAUGUUCGGCCUGGAGGCCAUCUGGAGAAAUGGCCAAGUGGUGGGCCACGUCCGGAGGGCCGACUUCGGGUUCACCAUCGAUAAGACCCUCGCCUACGGCUACAUCCGGGACCCCAGCGGCGGGCCGGUCUCGCUGGACUUCGUGAAGAGCGGGGACUAUGCCCUGGAGAGGAUGGGGGUGACCUACCCUGCCCGCGCUCACCUGAAGUCUCCCUUCGACCCUGACAACAAGAGGGUGAAGGGAAUCUACUGACGGGGCCUGCAGGGUGGGGCCUCAGCUGCUCAGGAGCCGCCCCACGCCCUGGAUUCCCGCGGGGCUGCUCCGCCCUGGGCCCCAGGACCUGGGCCCCGACCUUGGGUCCUCCCUGCCCUCAGGCCAGGCCUCCCAGCCCCCAAACGGAUGCGGACAGGGAGAGUGGAAAGAGGACCCAGUGGCCCGGCACUGACUGACCAAAGGGUGGUCUCUAGUCCACCCCC